AUGUCACUCGCAAAACCCACCAGCAGCAAUGGGUCAACAAGCAUUGUAUCCUCUGGUCGCCAAUCCUAUAAAAUCGCCCUGAUUCCCGGCGAUGGCAUCGGCAUUGAAGUAAUCCAGGAAGGCAAAGAAGUGCUCCAGAAGCUUGCCACGGAACUAGAUACCUUCGAUUUAGAUUUUAAGGGAUUUGAAUGGAGUAGUGCAUAUUACAAGAAGCAUGGGAAAUACCUCCCUGACGAUGCAUUGGCGCAGGUAAAGAAGUUCGAUGCUAUCCUCUUCGGGGCAGUGGGAGCGCCAGAUGUACCUGAUCAUAUCUCGCUGUGGGGACUCCGCCUUGCUCUAUGCCAGCCUCUGCAACAGUAUGCAAAUGUCCGGCCUACGCGUAUUCUCCGCGGUACCACAUCCCCCCUCCGGAACUGCAAACCUGGAGAUCUGGAUUGGGUAAUUGUGCGAGAGAACUCUGAGGGAGAAUAUGCUGGGCACGGCGGGACGUCACAUACGGGCCAAGCCUGGUCUGUAGCCACCGAGGUUUCAAUCUUCACGAGACAUGGCGUUGAGCGGAUUAUGCGCUUUGCAUUCGAAACGGCGCGGAGCCGGCCACGAAAGAAGCUCACUGUGGUUACCAAGAGCAAUGCUCAGAGAAAUGGGAUGGUAUUCUGGGACCAGGUCGCCUCGGAAGUUGCCCUAGAUUUCCCGGAUGUGGAGGUUGACAAGAUGCUGGUUGAUGCGAUGACCACUCGGAUGGUACUCAAGCCUGAGAGCAUCGACACAGUUGUCGCGACAAAUUUACAUGCUGAUAUACUCUCCGACUUGGCUGCUGCCUUAGCAGGCAGUAUUGGAAUCGCUCCGACAUCGAAUCUUGAUCCCACGAGGCAGAACCCGUCUAUGUUUGAGCCGAUUCACGGCAGUGCUUUUGAUAUUACGGGAAAAGGAUUGGCAAACCCGGUAGCUACGUUCUGGACAGCGGCGGAAAUGUUAAGAUGGUUAGGUCAGGCUGAGGCAGCACAACUGCUAAUGGAGGCUGUGGAAAACGUUACAGAGAGCGGUGUCAAGACUGCAGACCUAGGCGGCUCGAGCAAGACAAAAGAGGUAACCGAUGCAGUCUGUAAAGAGAUUCACAAAUUGGCUAGACUGGCAAACGAGAAAAAGUAG